CUGGAGGGCGGUCGCGGACACGCCCUCUGUCUGAAUGGAGCGCGCCGUGCGUAAAGUCCGAUCUGCGGCCGAGUGCAACUUCAAUUGGAUUCUCUUUCACACAUUUCAGCAUUUGUAAUCGCGCACGUUGAUUUCGAUACAGCCAUGACGCGGGAGGAAGACUUAACCCGGAUUGCCAAGAAGUUGGAAAAGAUGGCGUCUCGAAAUAACACGGAAGGUGCCAUGGACCUGCUGAAAGAGCUCAAAAGUUUCAACAUGACACUUAAACUCCUUCAGGAGACAAGGAUCGGCAUGUCUGUGAAUAGCAUCAGGAAACACUGCCCAGACGAAGAGGUCGUCGCUUUGGCAAAAAUCCUCAUUAAGGAAUGGAAAAGACUUUUGGACUUCAGCCGUCCUCAAACGGAGAAAGCGGCACGAGAGAAGAAUGAUUUGGACUCCUGCAGAGCAGCAAUGUCUCCAAAGAGCUCACCCAGAGGAUUGGACAUCAAACAGAGACAAGAUUCAGUACCGGAUGCAAAUCAAUCCAUUACAGACACGCAAGGAAAAGAUACCGGUGAGCCCAAGAAUAAAAAGGGCCACCGAGACGCGAAUGUGGUUGCAAAGCAUCUGUAUGAGAAACGACUAAAAGAAAUGGUUAAAGAAGAAAGUAAGAAUCCAAGAGAAGCAGAAAACAACCAGCUUGAGAAGAAACAGAAGCAUGAACCGAACCACUUAAAAGAGAUCAGAGAGCGUGAGGAGUCCAAAAGGGUCAACGGCUGGAAACCCAAAGAGGACAGCAGACCUGAGAGGCUGAUGAACAAAUUUCCAGACCAAGCUGUAGCCAAUGCCUACAAGGAGAAGCCUGCAGGUGUCCAAAAGCCAAUCUUUGAAAGGAGAGGAGUAUUGGACAGCAGCAUUCUCUAUCCCUCCCGCUUCCCCUCACCUCCACGCCCCGCUCGGCCUCCUCUCCCGAUCAAGCGCCCCUCUGUGGAUGGGAAGAAAGAGAGGAAGGAUGGUAAAGACUCCUCGCUUGGGCGCUCUCAUGCUCCAGGGCUCACCUCCCCCAUGGCUAAGCGCCCUUCACUGGAAUCUAAGAAGAGGAAAGUUCCAAAAGACCCAAAUACUGCGCGGGCUCCACUUUGUUUUAAUCUCCAGCCCCCACCGCCAAGAAAAGAGCCCCCAGAUCCAAAUGCUCCGCUGCCUCCACUGCCUCUUCAUCUUCACCCCCCACCUGCGCCAAAGCGCCCUUCGCUGGAUGGGACAAAGGAGAGGAAGGACUCCUCACACUCUAAAAUUGCCUCCCAGAAGACGUCAGACUGUGUGAAGAGAGACAGGAAAGACAGUUUGGAUAGCAAAGUGGCUAAAAAACCAUCAAUGGAUGCUAGAAAAGAAAGGAAGAACUCCCUUGACUCUAAAUUAAGCCAGCCAGUGAAACACCAUAAAACUACUACCAACCCUGACAGGCGGGAGUCUGACUCAAAGCAGAGCAGCCUUUCACCUCCUACAAAGAAGCUGACGUCUGAAAGGCGAGAGUCGCAAGGCUCAAAAGCCUCUCAGCCUGGACCUCAACAAAGGAAGCAGUCCACUGACCACAAUGAAAGAAAAGGCAAAACCGACGUGCCUAAAACUCCAACCACGCCCACCAGCCCCAUGUCACCUGGCUUGGCCUCCGCUGGGGGUCCAUUACCACCCCACCUGACUACUGGAGACUCUGUCCGUGACAAGUGCAUCGAGAUGCUGGCUGCUGCCUUGCGCACCGACAAUGACUACAAAGACUUUGGAACCAACUGUGACAGCAUGUCAGCAGAGAUUGAAGACCAUAUCCUUCAGUUCGGUCAAAUAUGUGCAUGAACGCAUGACUAACCUACCACAUUUAAUUACCGUACGCACUAAGAUGAACACUCUUGUUUCACAUGCUGGGUUCUUCCUUGAUUUAUUGCUGCACAUAUCUACCAGGAGAUUAAGGCCACCGACAUGAAAUAUAAGAACCGAGUGAGAAGCCGCAUCAGUAACCUAAAGGACCCAAAGAACCCCGGUCUGCGCAGGAACGUUCUCGCAGGAAGCAUUGAUUUGAAACGCAUUGCCGUUAUGAGCGCUGAGGAAAUGGCAAGCGACGAGCUGAAACAACUGAGGAACGUCCUCACCCAGGAGGCCAUCAGGGAGCACCAAAUGGCCAAAACCGGGGGAACCACCACCGACCUGCUGCAGUGCGGCAAGUGCAAAAAGAAGAACUGUACAUACAAUCAAGUGCAGACACGCAGUGCUGACGAGCCCAUGACCACGUUUGUCCUAUGCAACGAGUGUGGGAACCGCUGGAAGUUCUGCUGAUGCCUUCUUGGUGAAAUAAACUUUUUUCUGGGUAAUGGGGAGUUUAUAAUUGUGGUUGGUGAUUUUAAGCAUUUUGUAUUUCUACAAUUUUCACGGGAAUUUUAGACUUUUUUUUUUU